UUUUCAACCGGAUGUUCCGUCUGUGUCGCUACUGUUAGCUUUUGGCCUUUCCAAACAACUGGAGCAGAAAUUUCUCCAGAAAUAACUUUUCUCGAUUCUUUCGUCAAGUCAGGCAGCAUGGGUGUGUUUGACAACUGCUCAGUUCUUCUGGAGCUCAAAAACCUGCCUUUCAAGGAGAAGAAGAAGCUGAAAUCAAUAGUGACUUUGAAUGGAGGCAGCAUUUCUUUCAUAGUCAACAAACAGUGCUCUCUGGUGGUGACCUCCGACUUGUCCAACCUGAGCUCCAACAGGCUGCGCAGCAUCCAGAAGAACCAGACGCCAGUGGUUGGCUUGGAUUAUCUGCAUAAAAGUGUGGAGAGAGGCGUUCUUCUGUCUGUGGACGAGUACAAGAUGGACACUUCAUCAUCUCCAGAUCCUCCUCCUCCCUGGAAGAGACCUCUGUUAACUUAUAAAGCUGAGCCUCCAAAAGGUCCCACCUCCUCAGAGGGACCAGCUGUUGAAAAAAACAAUCAGAAGUUUAGAAUCUACAAGGAGUCGGACUCUGCUCUCCCGACGUUCCCCGAUGAUUUCCAGGUGGCGAAGUACUCCGUUUUCGGACAGGAGAACGGCAGCAGGUUUUGCGUGUUGGAGCUGCAGAGCGCCAAAGGCGAGCAGGGACGGCGCUACCGUGUGGCCAGAUACCGGAAGGACAACGUGGCGUCGAAGAAGGCGGCUGUGAUGGAUCAGCUGGUGUUCCUGUCCACCUCAGAAGAAGCUGUGGACGUUUACAAGGAGCUGAGUGAAGAACUGGAGCGCUCUGAGCUGCAGAGGAUGAGCGGCUUACCUGCUGAGGCGCCACACCUGGGCUCCGCCCCCCUGGAGCAGCUGCUGCUGGAGGAGAAGCUGAACUCCGGUGAGUUGUCCCCUGACGUUGCGGCGUUUGUGGAGCUGCUGUGGACCGAAGCUCUCGGUUGCCUUGAAAACAUCCUCAGAGUUCCCAUCUCCGGUCUCAGCCUGAACGAUGUGAGCAGAGCUGAAGGCCUUCUGCUUCAGGCUCAGAGGAAACUGAAGGAGGGAAACGAGGAUGAGGCUUCGUCUCUCCUGGAUGAGGUUUUCACCCUGCUGCCUCACCGGGAGCCCAGACCUCAGUCACCUACGGCCAGGUUUCUGUCUCAGAAGCUGGACCUCUGUCAGUUAAUCCGAGAUGUUCUGAAUGUGGGCGAGAUGACCAUGAACAACCCGAAGCCGUCCUCCGUGGGGAAGUACCGCGCUCUUCGCUGCCACAUCGAAGCCAUUCCCCGCAGCAGCUCGGUGUUUCAGAAUGUCGCCGCCCUGCUGGCUGACAGGUCGGUGCAGAUCCAGCAGAUCAUGUGCGUCAGCAGGGUGGUGGAGCUUGAAACGUUUCAGAGCAAGAUUGGCAACGUUAAGCCCCUCCUCCAUUCGUCCAGCCCCAGUAACUUUGUAGGAAUCAUGUCCAGAGGUCUGCUGCUUCCCCAUGUGGGAGUGGAGCAUCAUGGGAUUACGAGAACGGACGUCGGGAACCUUGGCAGCGGGAUUUACUUCGGUGAUGCUGUGAGCACCAGUCUGAAGUACGCCAAACCCAGCGAGACAGACGGAUCGCGCUUCCUGCUGGUCUGUGAUGUGGCUCUGGGGGUUUGUAAGAACCUCUAUAAGAGAGACCUGACUCUGACCGAGGCUCCUCAGGGCUACCACAGUGUUCACGGAGUCAGACAAACCAACAAAACUACAUCUGAAUUUGAGGAUGAUGAGUAUGUGGUUUACUCUCUUGACCAAGUGAAGAUGAAAUAUAUAGUUCAGUUCAGAGUGGAAGGAGACGAGCAGAAGGACUUCAGUCCGGACAUCAACCUGACUGCAGAACCCAUUGAGGCUGCCAAGAACCCAGAUCUCACUUCAGAACAUGUAGAAGAAGAUCUAGAAAACGUGAAGAACCCUCUGGAGGACGUUAAAGCUGGUCUGUUGGACAGCUCAGGCCAGCAGCUCCCCCUGCAGGCCGUCCAUGUGAAGUGCAAACUGAUGGAUCUGCUCUCCCAGGUCAUCAUCUUCCAGAAAUACACCAAUCAGAGCUCAGUGCCCAUCGAGGCGAAGUACGUCUUCCCAUUGGACGACUCGGCUGCUGUGUGCGGAUUUGAAGCUUUCAUCAAUGGGAAACACGUGGUGGGAGAGGUGAAGGAGAAGGCAGCAGCUCGUAAGGAGUACAAACAGGCGAUAGCAAAAGGCCACGGAGCGUACCUCAUGGACCAGGACGCUCCUGAUGUGUUCACCAUCAGCGUGGGCAACCUGCCGCCCGGCGCCACCGUCCUCAUUAAGGUGACCUUUGUGUCAGAGCUGGUGGUCAGAGACGGGAGCAUCCUGUUCUCCCUGCCGGGCAGCGUGGCUCCAUGGCAGGAAAGCGCCGCGCUCAACCAGACCACACAGGUCUCUGUGGAGAAGGUUUGUGUGGCCAGUGAAGCAGCAAGAGAGUUUACGUUGGACAUCUCGGUAGAGAUGCCAUUUCAGAUCUCUAGCCUGACGUGCAUCACUCAUCAAGUCAAAAUUAAGAGGACUGACUGUAAGGCGGUGGUCAGUGUUCUGCCGGGUCAGGUCAUGGGGUCAGAUGGUUUCCAGAUGUCUGUCACUCUCUCUGAGGUUCAUCUUCCCAGAAUGUGGGUGGAGAAACACCCAGACAAGGACAGCCAGGCCUGCAUGCUGGUUUUCUACCCAAACUUUGAGUUUGACUCCAGCUCUGAAGGCAGUGAAGUUGUUCUUUUGCUGGACACGUCUGAGUCCAUGAAGGGAGAAUCAUUACAGCUGGCCCAGAAAAUCGCCCUGCAGGUUUUAAAGAAUCUGAAGAACGACGUCAAAAUCAACAUCGUUUUGUUUGGAACAGAUCACACAGAAGCUUUCCUGUCGGCUCAGAAACUUGACGAGGUUCAAGCUGAAGCCAAGAAGUUCAUCAAGAGCUGCUCUUCAGUAGGGGGCAGCACUGAGCUGUGGCGGCCUCUCCGGGCGCUCAGCCUGCUGCCGCCGUCCGCCGGCGUUCGAAACCUGCUGCUGCUGUCGGACGGCCACAUCCAGAACGCGGCGGCCACCCUGCAGCUGCUCAGAGACAACGCCCAGCACAGCCGCCUCUUCACCUGCGGCUUCAGCUCCACAGCCAAUCGCCACAUGUUGAGAGCCCUGGCUCAGGCAGGGGGCGGGGCUUAUGAGUUUUUUGACUCUAAAGCGAAGCACACCUGGGCUGAGAAGGUGGAGCGCCAGGUGAAGCGCAUGUCGUCUCCCGGCUGCAGCUCCGUCUCUGUGAAGUGGCAGCAGUUCAACCCCAGAGCUCCUCCAGUUCAAGCCCCGAAGCAGCUGAACUCCCUGUUCAACGACUGCCACACGCUGGUUUACGGCUUUGUGCCCCACUGCACUCAGGCGACUCUUCUUGGAGACUUGCGUGGUCAGGAGCUUCAAACCAUGGUGUCAACAACAGAGCUGCAGAAGACCAGAGGAACGUUUCUUCAUAAGCUCACAGCGAGAGCCCUGAUCAGAGACUACGAGGAUGGGAACCUUGAUAUCACCGAAGCUGAACACGAGGGUAAAAAAGCAGAGCUGAAGUCCUUCAUCAUCGAUCUGAGCAAAGAGUUCUCCAUACUGUCUCAGUUCACCAGCUUCGUGGCCAUCGAAGAGAGGGAUUCUGGGAAGCCAGACGAUGGCGUCACAGACAUCCCGAAGCUGAUCGCAGAGGAGGACGUGGACUUCCUGCCAUACAUCACCUGGACUCUUCCUGAGGACAAAGAAAAAGUUGUGGUUUCUGAUGCAGAGUCAUCUGAAGAAAGCGAUCUCGAGCUAUGUGACUUGAUCGGUGGUGAUAAACCUACGUUCCUCCAUUUAGAAGUACAAACCUUCACACACAUUUACAUGAUAUGACUUUUUAAUUAAUAUGGCUUUCAUGGUUUCAUCUGGGUCUCUUUGGUGGUAACACUUGACAAGAACCAGUACCUAUUGGGAAACAUUAAGCUAACCAUGGGCAGGUUUCCAGUUUGUGACCCUUUUUUCUGGUUCAGCUGGGUCUUAUCUACUUGCAUCUUGGAGUAACUUUGGGUGUUUUCCACUGGGAAAUCGCACUCUAACCUGUUAAUGUGCGGUUUGGUUCUGCUCCUCGUUACUGUGGACGGGCUGUGAUCACCUCAAGGUUCUGGUUCUGAUGGGCUCAAAUAAACCAGAUAUUUAAUUUGGUUUCAUAGAAGUUCAAUGCUGACCCAAACAUAAUUAUAAACACUCAGGUCAGCUGAUUAUUGUGGCGUACAUAUAAUAUAGUUACAUUCUGGCACUUUAUUUUUUUAAAUGUGAAACAUUCUGGAUUCAGACAAUGGAGUCAAAAAAUGUAAACAAAUUCCCACGCCUGAACUUUGUUUUAUUUUUAACUCUAAACAAAAAGUGAAAUUCACAUUACACCAAGUUAAUGUGUAAUUUGGACAAACUGCAGCUCAGACAGAAGCUGAUCACAGCUUCACCGUUUCUCUCUCCUCUGUUGCUGCCUGUUUUUCAGAGACAAGCUGCUAAAUCAAAAACAGGCAAAAGUUACCACAUUUUUUUAUUAAACAAAUUUUAAAAAGGAUUUACACCAGGAAGGAAGGGAUUGUAAUGUCUUGUUUUUUACUUGAACAGGGAUUUUAAUUAAAACUUUUAACAUCAUAAGAGAUCAAGUGUAGAUCAUUCCUUUCUAAUUCACUUUCCUGCUUUCUGCUCGUUUCUUUUACAGGCACCUGAAGAGAACGCAGGCGAUGUACGAACCUUCACACACAUCUAGUAUCUGUAUCACGUGGCCCAGAUGUUUUUAUUUAUAUGACCUCCACUUUACAUCUGGGUUUUAUUUAGUGAUGAUGCUUAACAAAAACCAGUACUCAUGGAGUAUCAAUAAAGGCUUCAACUAUGACCCCUCA